AUUAUUUGAUUUUUUUUGUGAGUGGUGCAGAUAAGGUAUUUUUUUAUUUUUUCAAGCAAAGUAUUAGGGAGUUGUACUCCAGUCUAGUAGGUGGCGGUAAUGCAACAUGUAUUGGAUGCCAGCUGCCAUUAAACCUCAUCAAAGAAGAAGAAAAGGCGACCGACGCUGGUGGUCCUCUGUUUACUUUUUAGUGAACUACACCAAAUUUGAUUUCGAGGUGUCUGCAUCUAUCUGUACUUUUCUACAGUCUUUUGCUUCUACACUACACAUCCAUUAACAAUUACUUAUUCGAAGGCCAUUUUCGGUCAAAUAAUGGCAAAUGACGUUGCUUUUCACACUCAGCUAGCCUCCAUCAUGGAGGUUUUAGCUAAUGCGGCCGUGGCUGAAAUCUGCGAGCUUGUUGACAAUGGCUAUGCGGUCCUGCAUUUGGAGAUAUCUCAAGGGCAGAAGGAGAAUGAAGCGUUGAGGAGAAAACUACGGAUGAUGGAGCUGAAAGUGUCUCGUGCGAGUACUCCGAGAGCGGGAAUGGGAAGCUCAAUCCUCGCGCACAGUCGUUCUCGAACUCACUUUGGCAUGGAAUCGAGAAGGACAUCAGUCGGCGAGGUACAUUGUCGGAGAGGAGUUGAUUCCCAGUUGGUCACCAGCCUGUUUAGGGACGGAAAGUCCUCAGGUGAUACUGGACAGACUACCACACAGAGAAAGCCUGCUGCGUUGGAUGAGAGGAAGUCCAAAUCACCUAACAUCAAAGAGGAGAGGCGGGAAGAAGCCUGGGACAAUCAUGACCAACGAGAGAGAUUGAGUACCGGAGCUUUAAAUCCCUGUGUUGGAGGAGAAAGGCAUUCUAACAUCGACACAGAGGCUGCUCAAUCAAUCAGCAAACAGGAGAACGCCAGCUCUUGUAUAUGGGUGAGUGGUGAAACAGACAACAGCCUCUUGCCAGAAUCAAAUGAAAAUAUUAGUGUGAACAAAAGAUCUCAAACCCCAGCAUUGGAAGAUGGUGAUGGAAUACUUGACCAUGCAGGCUUUGAUUGUAUGAUGUUUGAGCCCCCCAGACAACUUGGGACCCUUAGCACCCAGGGUCCUAGCACCCAGGGUCCUGGGGCUGAUCUUCCUGAGUGCUCUUACUCUCAUGUGGAUGUUGUACCUCUUAAUUCUGAUUCAGAGAAUAGUUUUUCCUUUUCGAUGAACAAGGUAAGUCGCUCCAUAACUGAGCACAAACAACCUGUAGCUUACAGAGACAAUAGACAGAGGGUGCCGUUGCCCUCAGAUGAGCCUCACAUGACUGUGCAAAAAGGCAUGGAGACUGGAUCCAAUGCCUUGGUAAUAACGGAUGGUUGGGUCUCCCAUGACAGUCAUAAUAACGAAGCUGUGAAUUACAACCAAGACGGCACAGCAGGUAACCGGUUCAUUUGUAGUUUCUGUGGUAAGACUUUGGCGUGUCUGAAGAACCUCAAGACACACCUUAGGGUUCACACCGGGGAGAAGCCGUUCAGCUGCAUGCAGUGCGGGAAGCGCUUCUCCGACUCCAGCAACCUCAAGCGACACCAGAGCGUACACACGGGGGAGAGACGCUACGGCUGCAGCCACUGCGGCAAGCGCUUCGCCCAGUCAGGCUCACUCAAAGUGCACCUAAGCAUACAUAAAGGAUGCAAGCAGUUCCGAUGCCCACAGUGUGAAAAGACUUUCAUAUCGGCCAAUCACCUCAAGAGACACAUCAGUGUCCACGAUGGAGAAGAAAGUAUUUUACCAACCACUUUUCAGUGAGUGAAAGCAUACCCAAACGUGCUCCAGCCCAGCUUGAACAAAAAAAUGAAUUGGGGGCUCGACUGAAGGAGUUGAUCAUCCCAAAAGUAUUCCAUACACUUUUGAAUGAGUGUUUUUGUAACUCUUAUCAUUGAAGUUGUUUAUCACUCAUCCUCAGCCCACUGUGUGAAAAGUGGUUUGUGGACUCAAGUAAUCUCAUUCGUCACACCGGAUACUACAUACAGUGUGGGGAGAGGUUUGCUGCGAAGCACAUUCUUAGAAUUCACCUAGAGAGAAACUAUUCUGGUGCUCUAGUGCUGGAGAUUGUAUUGUCACUGAGUAUACCACGAACACAGUUAUUUGUGAAUAAUUCUACUUUCACAUUUUGACUGAACACAUUUUGUCUGUAUUGGGCUAUUUGUUAUUUACAGUUUAGGAGUAGUCAUAACAAAAGGAAUGGAAUUAAAACAAAAUAUUUUGUAUGUGUAUCUAAUAAUGUGUACCAUUUAUUAUUUCAAAAGUGCUGCAAGAAAUAUAUGAACAAUACAAACAGUGAUUGUUACUACUAUUAUUAUUUUUAUUAUUAUUAGUAGUAGUAGUAAUAUAAAACAUACUACCUCUCUUUAGGAAAAACACUCCUCCAAGCCAACCAGUCUAGUAAAAUGAUGUCUCGCAAAGGCCCAUGUAUGACAUUUUGAAAUAUGAAUUAUCUUGCACACAUUAUUUUUGUAAACAUUUCCUCUGAAAAUGUGUUUUUGUGAAAUAAACAAUUGUAAGAAAAAGGCCA